AUGAGAGAUGGCCGCGGUGGGGAAAAGGGCAAGAGAUGUUGCUCUUGGUCCGAACCGUUGGCGUGGGCGUACGGUGUAGGGAGUGCGCCUGCUCGCGUCGUCGUUCGCACGCCUCCUUGCUUGCAAGGUCUUGGUGUUCGGCCAAUGGCUCUAGCGACCGCCGCCGCCGCCGAGCACGGGAAGGAAGGAACACCACAAGGAAGGAACGCGGCAAGGAUGGAACACGGCUGGAUAAGAAAGGUUCCUUUUGGGAGGGAAUUCAUGCAUCGGCGUCCCUCCUUCCUGCUAGCUGCCUCGGAACCCGGUGGCGAGUCGCACGGUGAGCCCCGUUCUUCCCUGCACCGUCGUCGCGGUAGCGGUACGCCAGCGCGAGCUCCAUCGUCGCCGGGAGGCCAUGACGUGCCUACCGUGCGAGGCUGCGCGUCGUGCCUCGAGCCGGGAGCCAUGACGACAACUUCCCGCCGCCCUGCCCGCGGCACGCGUCCAGUCGCGACGGGCGGUCCUCCAUGGCGACGUCUCGCCGCCGCACGGCGCUCGGUGCAGCUGCUCUCUAGCCUGCGACGCCAACCACGGCGCACCGGAUGGUGCGAAUCAUGCCGCGCCGUCACGCAAGCCGCACCGUCAUGGCGUGCCACGAUGCCGCCGUGCCACGAUGCCGCCGUUCCACAAUGCCCCCGCCUCCCGCCGCGCAGCCGUGAAUGGCCGUCGCCGCCGUCGAGCUCGACCGAGGCCGAAAGGGCAAAGCGCGUCCCUUGGUCGACGUCGUCGCUAGCCUCUCGGCGCCCUUUGCUGCACCCGCUGCUGGGCUUGUGGGCUGCGGCCUCUGCUUUCGUUUGCCAACCCGCGGAGCCCGAUCAGGGCCGACGCCGCGCCAACUGCCAUUCCCUGCCCGCGCGAAUCCAUGCCCUCGCCCCUAGCUGCGCUUCCGCCCUCGUCGACGCUCCGACGAAGCCCCGACGAGACCUUGCUCGACCGACCGACCAAGGGAUGCGGCCUAGCCUGAUUGGUCAUCGCCUGCGGCCUUCCAGCGGCGCCGCCAUUUCUCCAAUGGACCUUUUCGCGACGCACGCGGCCUGCUGCCCCCCGACAAGCCUACGGUAG